AUCUUCACUGGAUAUAAAUACGAACAAGUAGAAUGGAAAGAAAAUAUUAUAGAAGCUUGGUUAGACCAUGUCAAAGAAAUUAUAUGCAAUGGAAACGAAAGAGUCUAUGAGUAUAUCUUAUGUUGGUUUGCAAAUAUCUUACAACAUCCAAGUGCUAAGAAUGAAACUGCUCUCAUUAUAAUUGGAAAACAAGGAACAGGUAAGAACACAUUCUUUACAGAUAUUUUGUGCAAACUGUUAGAGGGCUAUUCGAACCCGAAUAUGACAAACUUAGAAAACAUCUGUGGCAAGUUUAACUCCUCAAUUGAGAAUAUGAAACUUAUAGUAUGUAACGAACUUCAAAGUAUAGAUACAACAAAAGUUUUGAACUCGGAUGCUUUGAAGAGUCUUAUAACAGACAAAGUUGGAGUUGUUGAAAGAAAAUAUAAAGACCAAAGAGUUUGUGAAAAUGUUGCAAAUUUCAUUAUGGUUUCAAACAACGCCGUUCCGAUGAAGUUAGAAAGUUCUGACAGAAGAUAUGUAGUUGUCAGAACGUCAGAUUCUCAUAUGCAAGAUACAGAAUAUUUUGACGACUUAGCAGAAACUUUGACACCUAACUUUUACAACCACUUGUUCUCAUAUUUCAUGACAUUAGAUAUUUCUAAGUUCAAUCCAAGACAAAUUCCAUAUACCGAAGAGAGACAAACAUUGUUAGAAGCAAACAAGAGUGUAUAUGAACUGUUUAUAGAUGAGACUAACUUUGUGUCAUUAGAUGAAAGGUCAUUGUACGAUUCAUAUAAACAGUAUUGUCAAGAGUAUGGUUAUAUGGCAGCGUCUAAACGAACAUUCUUGGCAAAUGUCAAAAAUCUUUUAGACAUACAGAACGGCGUAUAUACAAAGAAAAAUUUUUCUGAGUAA